AACCCUAUUGGCUAGUAAAGUUUAUGUUAUUAAAGGUGGAUUUUGGUGAAUUUUAAGUUUAAGAGGUACAUGAGACAUCUAAAACUUUGGUUUAGUACGCAAAUGUAGAAUCAAUGGUGAAAGAAACUAAUGUUGUUGAAGUGAGUUGGCAAAGUCUAAGUUAUGAAAGUUGGAUUUGGUGACUAUUUCAGAUUCAAGAACGUACAUGAGACACCUAAAACUUUGGUUUGAAAUCCGGAAGUAGAAAAUAAUAAAAACUAUUGUCCUUGAAGUGAGUUGGCAUCAAAACAACCACCGCCACUUAAUUUGCCGACUCAUCCUUCGUUCAUUUCCUUAUUUACUUUGUACCAAGGAAUAACUCAAAAACUAAUAUGUCACCGGAUAAAGACUUGCGUGCUAUGUUACCUUACCGAUAAGGUCUUGGCAUACUAUAUUCUCAGUUUUGAAUCCCCCCUAAAUAACAUAUAUGUUAACUGGACUCUUCAUUUUACCUCAAAUACACGUGUCAGAUCCUCAGCUCGAACAUGGAUAUGGACACUUUCAAUUUGGACCAAAAUCAACAAUUUUUUCGCAAAUUAGUCGUGUCAAAAACUUAGACAUGUAACCGUGUCCGAUAUGGGUCUAUGAGUGGGAUAACAUAGCUUAUACAAUUAUACAUAAUGCUCAUGAAUCAAUAUGUGAGUAAGUGUGUCCAUUGUACAUGCAAAGUACUUUUGGUAAACCCUAAACCCACCAUGUAAACCGAUCCAUUACAGCAAAUUUGAAGCAUACAUUGCAGAAUGUAUGAAGAUCUUAAUCCCACCAUUAAACACCCACUCAUCUUCUCUAAUCAAACGCUUUAACCCCAUCCAACUCGCCAUCAAGAACUUAUUCAACGACCCUUACACCCUCUCCAAUGGCGAUUUUGGCCACCUUCUUCAGUUCUGCGCAAACAAUCGUCUCAUACUCCAAGGAAAACAACUCCAUGCUCGUAUUAUCCUCUUCGAUUUUACCCUGGAUAACUUCCUUGCUUCAAAACUCGUCAAUUUCUACGCUAAAACUGGAAACAUCAUUCAUGCACGUAAGGUGUUCGAUGAAAUUCCUCAGAGAAAUACUUGGUCUUACAAUGCUAUGUUCAUAGCUUAUUCAUGUGAUGAUAAGCCUGUAGAAACACUAAAGCUGUUUUCUUCCUUUAUAAGGGACUCAAAUGAAUUGGCAAAACCAGAUAACUUCACUCUAACGUGUGUUUUAAAGGCGUUUUCGACCUUGUUUUCUGAUGCUAAUUUAGCUAGGGAGAUACAUUGUUAUGUAUUGCGACGUGGGUUUGAUACAGAUUUGUUUGUGGUUAAUCCUCUGAUCACAUACUAUACAAGGUGUGAUGAAAUGGGUGUGGCCAGAAAAGUGUUUGAUUUGAUGAGGGAAAGAGAUAUAGUGUCAUGGAAUUCCAUGAUUUCAGGGUAUGCUCAAUCUGGGUAUUGUGAGGAAUGUUUGAACCUUUAUAAGCUUUUUCUGGGUGUUAAGAAAUUGACCCCAGAUGGUGUAACAGUGGCAAGUGUAUUACAAGCCUGUGCUCAAAAGAGGGAUCUUGUUCAAGGGAAAGAAGUACAUAAAUUCGCGGUAGAGAACAAUAUCAAAGUUGAUAUCUUGGUUUGUAAUUCAAUUAUAGGGAUGUAUGCUAAAUGUGGUAGUUUAGGUUAUGCUAGAGAGUUAUUUGACAACAUGAGUAUUGAAAAAGAUGAGGUUACAUAUGGCUGUUUGAUUUCUGGGUAUUUGGCUCAUGGUUAUAUAGAGGAAGCAAUGUGUCUUUUCAGGAAGAUGGAAAACCCGAGUUUGAGUACAUGGAAUGGUAUGAUUUCUGGUUUGGAACAGAACAAUUUUCAUGAGAUUUCCAUUGAUUUAACCAGAGAAAUGCAGGGUUUUGGUUUCGGUUUCAGACCAAAUUCAGUGACAGUUUCGAGUGUUCUUUCUGCACUAUCCCACUUCUGCAAUCUAAAUGGAGGAAAACAAGUACAUGCCUAUGCAAUUAGGAACUCUUUUGAGGACAAUAUUUAUGUUGAGACUGGUUUAAUUGAUGUGUAUGGGAAAGCUGGAUUUCUUCAAGGAGCAAUUCAUGUAUUUGAUCGAUCAAGGCAUAGAAGUGUAAUGAUUUGGACAGCUAUAAUUGCAGCUUAUGUUACAAAUGGUGAUGCUGAUCAUGCACUUAAUCUUUUUGAUGAAAUGUUGAAUUAUGGGAUUCAACCUGAUUCUGUUACCCUCACUGCUGUUUUGAGUGCUUGUGCUUAUUUAGGUGAUAUAGACAGGGUUUGGAAGAUAAUUGAGGAUAUGUAUAAUGAUUAUGGUAUACAACCAUUAUCAGAGCAUUAUGCUUGUGUUGUUGGGGUUUUGACGCGAGCAGGAAAAGUGUCAGAAGCCGAGAAAUUCAUGUCCGAAAUGCGGAUGGUGUUUAGGUCAAAAGCUUAGGGUAAACUUUUUAAUGGUGGUUCCGUUCUUCUGAUGACUUAAUAGAAAUGCAAUCUGAAAGUUAAAAAGAAGGUACAUUGCUCUUCCUCUGAAAUCUUAUAUUUUAUGACUGAAAGACGAGAAUCAAGAGAGAUAUAACAGCGUUGAAGGUAUUAUACAGAGUACAAUAUUUUAAAACAGGAGAAUUCGCAUGUCACUAGUCACCAUCUUAAAAUCACAUUUUUAUUUUUGUGUGAGCACCAUAUUGUAAAUUUUUAGUUAACCUAGAAAUCAUGUAACCCACACAUUGCACAGGCUAGAUCUAGUUUAUACUUGGUAGUUGCCUUGGUAUAUCAUUGUUGCACCUUGCACCUUUGUUUUGGAAGGACAAGCAACACUUGACAAAAAUGGUCAAAACUCCAAGAUUGUUUGGUAUGAAUGAAUGAUAUCCUCAUUUUCACCUGUAACAAAUGUCUUUGAGCAACUUUCUUUGUAUUGUUCAAUUCUUUUUACAGCACAAAACCUUAUUAUAGUUCCUCAUAAUCCCAAUUAUUACUAUAAAUACAACGAUUUUCAAUCGUCCGAUAAAAAACCGGGUUAGAUUGGUUUUAACCCAUUACUUUUUUGAUUGUUUGAGUUGGAUAAAAGCAGAUUACAGGUCACAAACUCUUGUUCAAAACCCAAUAUGUUGAGGUCAAUUUUGGGUCAUAAAAUCGAGUUACAGAUCAUAAA